UGUGUGUGUGUGUGUGUGUGUGUGUAUGUGUGUGUGUGUGUGUGUGUGUAUGUGUGUGUGUGUGUGUGUGUCCUGCAGUUAAAUGAUGGGAUGUGGACCACGACGUGGUUCUUCUGCUAAGCCUCACGUGGUUCAGUCUCUGCUCUUGCUUGAGAUCCACAUCCACCACCUGUUAACCGUGGCUUUACGUAUCCGUGAUCGGUUUACCUGUAGACAAUCGAGGUGAAGUUCCUAGCCCAGGGGAACAGCGCGCCGGCCAGUGACUCGAACCUUCGAACUCAGAUUGCUGUCUCAGUCUUUGAGUCCGAGACUAACCACGUGCGUUUAGUUAUAUGCGCUUGCAUGUUCGCGUAUUAACCAAUAUCAAAUAAAAUAAAAAAAGUAUACAAUGAUGUGUCACAUGAAUCUUUAUCCAAUAGUUACCUUUAAUACUGACAUUACUAAAUCUCGGCACAUGAUGCAAAUUGGGGUCAAAUGUGAAAAAAAUUACCCGAAAUAACAACCGAGACGGACAAGUGAAUAAGUGGGCGGGGGUAAGGGCGUGGGGGGGGAGGGGGGGAUGCAAGAACUAUCGUGCGCCUGAACUCAGAUCAGUGUUGCCAGAGCCUUAGUGGGAAACGUGAAGACAAGAGGUCCUCGUUCUCAAGAAUCUGGCAACAUGUCUGGAAACGCGGCCGCCCACGGAAAGACUGGAGACCGAUCUUCCUCCUCGGGGGAAGAGCAGAUUUUUCUCAUUAAUCAGGCCGAAGAUGCGUGUUUGGCAGUUAUAAGCGGAUCGACUCCCGAAGACGCCGUAAUUGGGCUGACAAGCGUAAGCAACAGCAAGGAGAAACUGUGGUACAACUGCGGCGGGCAGUGGCAGUGGGGCGCCGACCGCUCGUACUGCCUGGCGCAGGUGCCGGGGAAGCCGACGGUCGGCUUGGCUAGGAGCUGCUCGUCGCCGGCUAAGUGCAGGCUGGACGGCGAAGGCAGGAUGGCUCUCGGCUCGGCGAUGCUGACCGUACCUCCGGGGGGCUCCACGCGUGUCAUUCUUUGUCCAAAGAUGAACAUUAAACACCAAAAGUGGUGGACAGCUACUGAUUUAAAAAGGAAUUUAGAGGAAUUAAAGUCAGUGGUUUACCCGUUUCCUGCUAAGGAUGUCACUGCGUACAAGAACGAAAUCAUUCGAGGGUUCCUGAACCAAAUUACUCCGCUAAGUGAGCCGCUGCCCUUCCCUCGCGACGUGGCCACCUUUCCCGGCACUGUUGACGACGCAACGCCGCGCGUGAGCAUAACCAUCACGCUGGACCUUUCAGAACUAGGACAGGCCAACAACUUGCGCAUGACGAGUCCUCGAGACUGGCAGGCCACGGACCUGUACGUGGCAGCGGGAGACGUGUUCCAGGUCGUUCUUCCAGAGGACCUGCCGCCUAAGCAGGCUCGACAGAUCACUAUUCGCAUCGGGGCGCAGUGUGAUAAGCUUCAACUGAACUCAAUUAAUGUAAAAAAUAGCUGCGUGAAGCGUAUGCCAAUAAUAACUGAGGAGUUCACUGCCCACCCUGGGACGAAUCAUUUCCGAAGUCAGUAUGGAGGAAUCCUGAUAUUUACUUUCGAGGACGGCGAAUUCUUCAAGGUAGAGGCUGAGGUGCGCAACGUCGUGGAGGCGCCCUAUUUCAAGCUGAGCCAAACAAGCGCCGAGGAGUGGGAAAUCUCCAGAACACGAGGCGCUCCUCAGGCAGUCCUCGAGGGUGACAGAGUUGUGCUGGUCGUGAGAAGCUCAGACGCCUCAGACAUCCCAUACCCCGACGAGCUGAUGAAAAGGUAUGAUUGCGUCGUCGAUAAGAUAAAUUUCCUUGCUGGAUUUUCCCUGGAUGACCCACCUCCGAGGGGGAAAUUCUGGCUCGUGAAUGACCUUCAAAUAACAGGUGGAUCAGCACAUGCCGGUUUUCCUUUGAUGUUUGAUUUUCAUUUCUAUAACCUAGCUUCCCUCGAUAUGCCGCAUCACUGGUGUGUCUGGCACGAGCUCGGGCACAAUUACCAACAAGGAUUCUUUUGGUCGAAUGUUUAUGGCUCUGAGGCGACAGCCAACCUGUUCUCGCUUUUCGUCCAGGAGCAGCUCUUCGGCACAGACCGACUGAAGGAAAACGACGACUACCAGAAGGCUGCCGACGCCAUUGACAGCGGCCAAUACUUCAAGGACUGCAGCAGCUGGCACAAGCUCGUAUUCCUGAUGGAAAUCAAGCACGCGUUCCCCGACCAGGGAUGGGAAAUGUUCCGGAAACUGCACCAGAAGACGCGCCGCCUCUCCGAAAAGGAGGCGGAGCAACUCGCCUCUGACAAGCAGCUGCAGCUCGAUUACGUCUACAGGAACCUGAGCAGAAGCGCCGAAAGCGACCUGAUACUUACGUUCCAGCGCUGGGGAUUCUGCGUCAGCCAGGAGGCGCACGAGGAGGUGCAAAGCCUCGGGCUUGAGAGGGCAAAAGCUGAUCUGUCUCUCAGGGCUUGAGGCGAAGCUUCGGGGCUUUUGGAAGGCUAUUUUCGGGUUUUUAUUUGUCUGAAGAAUAUCUAUGAUCAAGAUUAACAUUUUUUUUGUUGUAUAUAUGUAUAUAUACAUAUGUAUAGAUAUAUAUAUGCCUAUAUGCAUAUAUAUGUAUACAUAUAUUAUAUGUAUACACACAUCUAUCCAUCUA